AUUCGCUAACCAUCCUGAUGAAGACAUCAUGGGAGCCCAGCAGGAGAAAAAACCUUCUGAAGAAAGAAAAUACAAAAGUACCCAAAAUAAUACUCAAACAUCUCAAGUCCAGUGGGGAAGAGCAUGGGAGGUGGACUGGUUUUCCUUGGCAAGCGUCCUUUUCCUGCUUAUGUUUGCACCACUUAUCGUGUAUUACUUCAUAAUGUCCUGUGACCAGUACCAGUGCUCUCUGAUGAAUCCACUCAUUGACUUGCUAACGGGGAAUAAACAUCUGUCUGACAUCUGGAACAAGACUCCUAUGCUGACCUAUAGGGCUGCUGGCAUCUAUGCCCUUUGGGUCACUUUCCAGGUGGUUUUGUAUAUAUGCCUUCCUGACUUUUGCCAUAAAUUUCUUCCUGGAUAUGUAGGAGGUGUACAAGAAGGUGCUGUCACCCCUGCUGGCAUAGUGAAUAAAUAUGAAAUAAAUGGACUUCAGGCUUGGAUCUUUACCCACAUGCUUUGGUUUGCAAAUGCCUAUUACUUCCACUACUUCUCCCCUACCAUCAUUUUUGACAACUGGAUUCCUCUCAUGUGGUGUGCCAAUAUCCUGGGAUAUGCAGUUUCUACAUUUGCAAUGAUUAAAGGCUACCUUUUCCCUACCAAUCCAAAAGACUGCAAAUUCACUGGCAACUUCUUUUAUGACUACAUGAUGGGGAUUGAAUUCAACCCUCGAAUAGGAAAGUGGUUUGAUUUCAAGCUCUUCUUCAAUGGGCGCCCUGGUAUUGUAGCUUGGACUCUAAUUAACCUUUCCUAUGCUGCAAAACAACAGGAGCUGUAUGGCCAAGUAACUAACUCCAUGAUCCUUGUCAACGUUCUUCAGGGUAUUUAUGUUUUGGACUUCUUCUGGAAUGAAGCCUGGUAUUUGAAAACCAUUGAUAUCUGCCACGAUCAUUUUGGAUGGUAUUUGGGCUGGGGAGACUGUGUUUGGUUGCCUUACCUCUAUACUUUGCAGGGCUUGUAUCUGGUUUACUACCCUGUCCAGCUGGGCACAGCCAAUGCCAUAGGCAUCUUGAUACUGGGCUUCAUUGGCUAUUACAUCUUCAGAAUGACCAACCACCAGAAGGACCUUUUCCGUCGUACCAAUGGCAACUGCAAGAUAUGGGGGAAGAAACCAGAGUACAUAGAGUGCUCCUACAUGUCUGUAGAAGGCACCAAGUACUACAGCAAGCUAAUGACCUCAGGAUUCUGGGGGUGGGCACGUCAUUUUAACUACACAGGUGACCUAAUGGGUUCCCUGGCCUACUGCCUGGCUUGUGGCUUUGAGCACAUCUUGCCUUACUUCUACAUAGUUUAUAUGACUAUUCUGCUAACCCACCGGUGCAUUAGGGAUGAACACCGUUGUCUCAGCAAAUAUGGGAAGGACUGGAAGCGCUACACUGCAGUGGUCCCUUACCGGCUCCUACCAGGAGUGUUUUAAAGCUAACACAGAAACCAAGGGACAGAUAAGAAAGACUUUCUGGAGGCGAAGAGAGUUUAUCCACAUUGUUAAACUAACAAAAACACUUUGUGAAGGACACUCAUACUGUUCUGAAGGAGAAGGGGUGGCUGGAUAAUAAUGCUUAAUGUACUAAAGGAACAUGCAGAGGUGGACUGUAUUUAAAGUAAAUAAAAUUAGGUAUUGGAAUGUCCUGGGUUUUGAGAGGACUUUUACCUGGAACUUUCUUUUUUCCCUCCUAUUCAAAAUUAACUUGGAAUUGAAGAAAAGUUCAUGUAUUGAGACUCCUGAAAUAUCCCAAAGCUGGAAGAAACAGUAGAGUUCUUCCUGGAAUCAGCUUCCUGUGACUUAGAAGAGGAGGAAAACGGUUGUGUGAUCCAUGUAGGAAAGAAGUUGUUUGACAUGGUUGGUUGUGAUGGUCAUACCUACAGUCACUAACUCCCCCAAAGGAGGUUUUAUUGUCUUUUGCUUUUCAAGAGGUUAACUGGGGUCUUUAUAAACUGGUGUGUGGGAAGGUUGUUAUAAUCUAAUACAAAUGCUUGUGAAAAUUGGCAUAAAUUGGUAUAGUUCAGAAGUUAGUUUAGUUUACGGUACCUGAUAAUAUGGUGCAUGACCAACUGAGUGUUAUUUUGAGACUGAAACCAAACUUGCUUUGUGAAGAUACUGAGCAGCGCUGAUUUUGGUUGAGAUAGUUAAUUUUCUUCAUAGUAGCUGGUAUGGGGUGAUGUUUUGUAUUUGUGCUGAAAAUAAUGUUUUUAAUUCAGGGAUCUUUCUGUUAUGCUGGGCAGUGCUUGCACAGAGUC